AUGGCUGGCGGUGAGAACAAGCAGCGCGACAACGGCGUGGCAUCCACAGCCACGACUGUCGCAAACUCAUCCAACGCGACCAACAAUGCAUCGCGCAGUCCAAGCACAACCGAGCACAACACCAGCGAGUCAAUAACGACGGAAAUGAACAUGGAUGUUCGCGCUCCAAACCAUCGACGUCGGCGACUGUCUGACGCAGACGCAGACGCAGAAUGCUAUUCUGUUCCCGACGAAUACCAAAACCUUGACGAAGUCGCGGCGCCAUGUCCGGUUGAAAACGUUACGGAUGGCCCCAUCUACCGCCAUUCAAGUCUAGAGCUUGCGCGUAGCCAUGAGCAGGAAUGGCGAAGAGAUCGGAAACGCUACCCGAACCGCCAUCCGAAGACUCGGCUGGGAGGCACCAUGUGUCCAAACUCGCCACCCAAAUAUUCACACUAUCAUAUCUGGUAUUCUUCGCAAUAA